AGGAUGGUCCUAUAUAACCUCACAGCCUCAGUAAGCUUAGCCUCAUCACAAACGCAAAGCAUUACUACAAUUGUCUAAGAAAGAAGAAAGCCUAGCUACUUGUUCAUUUCAUUGCUUGUUAUCUGUGUUUUAGAAUCAAUCUUUUUAAGAAUGGCGGGUGAGUACAACAAAGGCCACGAGUACGAGACCAAGGCCGAGGAGGGCGGUCCAGUUGAGACCCAAGAUCGUGGGAUGUUUGAUUUCUUGGGGAAGAAGAAGGAGGAGGAGAAGCCUGUUCAUCAUGAACAGAUGGUCAGCGAGUUCGAGAAAGUCAAGGUGUCUGAGCCUGAGCCAGCUUAUGUAGACUGCAGCAGCAAACCUGUUGAGCAUGGCUAUCAUCACGAGGAACCUAAGGAGGAACAUAAGAAGGAGGAGGAGAAGAAGCAUGAAACUCUCUCCGAGAAGCUUCGCCGAUCCGACAGCAGCUCCAGCUCGUCAAGUGACGAGGAAGGAGACGAUGAAGAGAAAAAGAAGAGGAAGGAGAAGAAGGGACUGAAGGAGAAGCUCAAGGAGAAGAUCGCCGGCGACAAAGAAGAAGAAGAGAAGAAGAAACACGGCUACGAGCAGGACACUGAGGUCCCGGUGGAGAAGUUCCACGAGGAGGACGAGAAGAAGGGUUUCCUUGAGAAGAUCAAGGACAAGCUUCCCGGACACAAGAAGCCGGAAGAUGUUCCCGUUGCGUCUCCACCACCGCCGGAGUAUGAAAAUGUUGAGCCUGCUUACCAUGAAGGUGAGGUGAAGGAGAAGAAGGGUUUGUUGGAGAAGAUCAAGGAGAAGAUUCCCGGGUACCAUCCCAAGACUGAGGAAGAGAAGCUGGAGAAGGAGAAAGAGAAGCCAACUGGUUCUUACUGAUCGGUUUCCCUUUUGCAUCCGAUCAUGAUGGUGUGGAAUGUUGGCGUCUUUAGUUAUUUUCUGGGUGGUUUUUCGUUUAGAAAAAAAAAAAAAGUAUAUAUAGACUGUUUCAUCUAUGUGUACUUAAUUUGUAAGUUUGUUUAUUAGUUAUCAUUUCCUUAUUUCGAUUGUGAUUUAAACAUUUUGUUGUUAAUAAUAUUGUAUUUUCUUGAA